AUGACUGGCUUGAAAAGCUGGAGCUCGAAGAAGGCUAGGGAUGGCAGCGACGGAGGUGGGGGGGAUAUUGGAUGGCUGAGUUGUGGCAAGGAGAAGAGGGCUAGGAUGGGUGGGUGGAUGAGGAAGAGAUAUGGAGUCAAUCCACUUUCUCAAUUGCAACCGCUAUUCAUUCAAGGUCCCAUCUUCAUCAUUUUUUUCUUAGCUAUUAGAAACAUGGCUGAGGAGAAGGUUCACUGGGUUCACUGGGUCCACUGUGUUUCAUUUUCUGAGCUUGGCUUUGAGUGUUGA